AUGUACAAUCGCAGUGGAUUCAAAAUGCGCUUCCUUAUCAUUGUUUUGGUCACCUUUUGCCUUGCCGGCUUGGUCCUGCCGAGGGCCAGCACUGAAGAGCUCCACCAGGCGAAUAUUUCUAAUGACGAAGCUUCGCUGACGGCGAAAUCAAACAAAGCUCCUGUCAAGUCGGAGCCACCGACGACGCUUUCCCAUAUGCAUUUCUUUUUCCGGCACUUGUCAACCACCACAGCACCGCCGACAACUGCAGCCAGAGCCAAGAAGCGCUUGACCACCACCAGACCAGCCAAGUCCGGGACCACCUCACCAACCAAAGGCUCCAAGAUUCCCGACACCAAGACCCCCCCUAAGAUCGACAAAAAGAUACCCAGCAAGCCGGACAAACAUUCCGUUUUUACGACAACAAGCAAGAAUGAGCUGAAGGGCACCACGAAAACCCCCACAAAGACGGACAGAAACCGACCGACUCCCAGCACCAAAGAAAACACCAAGGUCCCCAGCAAGAUGGCCGGAAAACCCACUGCCAAGCCUUUGAGCAAGGCCAUCAAUGCCCCCACAAAGGCGGAAACGAAAUCGAAGCCCAAAAACGAAUAUAAAGCGACGACAGGGAAUGAAUUGAAGGCCGCGGUUAAAACCCCCGCAAAGACCGACACAAAGCUAACUCCCAGCAGCAAACCAAUCGCCAAGCAGCAGACCAAGACAACCAACAAGAUCGCCGUAAAAUCCACUGCCCAGCCUGACUCCAAGGCUCCCAAGCACGACACCAAGGCCCACGCCAAGCCCGACACCAAGGCUCCUAAGCACGACUUCAAGGCUUCCACAAAGAUCGACACAAGAGCCACCCCCAGAAACAAACCAAAUAUCAAGGUCACCACAAAGAUGGAUGCAAAACCACCCACCGCCAGUACUAAAACGAAUACUAAGGUCCCCACCAAGAUGGAUGCAAAACCUACCGCCAAACCUGACAUCAGGACCCCUCAGCCCGACCCCAAGGCCUCAACCCCAAGGACGGACACAAAACCUAACCCCAAGCCAGAACACAAUACAACGACGAAAAGUGAAUUGGAGAGCAGCACCAAUGUCCCAACUAAAAUUGACACAAAGCCCACACCCACUAACAUCAAGGUCACCCAACCAGACACCACCAGCCCCCAGGCAAAGGCCGACACAACAGCAAUUCCUAGGGCAGAAAAUACGACCCCUACCCAAGGUGAUAUCAAGACCACCACCGCCAAUACACCUACUGUGAUCGACACAAAACCCACACCAAGCACCAAAGCCACCACGGAACAGUCCGAGAGCAAGUCCGAUCACAUGCCCAUCGGCGAGACGGAGGCCACGACGCACACCAAACCCAAGCCAAAGGCAGACACCAAGACCGAGACGAAGACGAACAGCAAAACACACUCAAAGGCGGAGACCAAAACCCAUCCGAAGGCGCACACCAAAACCCAUUCGAGAACGGACACCAAAUCGCACUCUAAAACGGACAGCAAAGUCCAUUCCAAGACGCUCUCUAAAGCUCAUUCGAGGACAGACACCACAAACCACAUAAAGACGGACACCAAGAGUCACACGAAGACACAUGCCAAGACCGAGCCAAAGACCCAUCCCAAAGCACACGUCAAGCCCCACUCAAAGAUCGAAUCGAACACUCAUCCCAAGCCCCAUGCCAAGCCACACCCCAAGAGCCACUCCAAGGGCCACACCAAGACCCAGCCUCACCCCAAGAUCCAUGCCAACCAUACCGACACUACCAAAGUUCCUGCGAAAACUCAAAAGAAUCGCCGUUCCAGCCAUGGCAAUGAAACUGUUAUCCUCAAACCUGAUGUAGUCAGCAACGGCAAUGGAUCGAUCUGGAAAUUCCUGGAGACUCCCAAGCCAGAAAUGAUAACAACUACGCCUGUAGCUCCUGUCAAGGGAGAAAUAAUAUCCACUACGCCCGCGGCUUCUAUCAAGGGAGAAAUAAUUUCCCCUACGCCCGUAGCUCCUGUCAAGGGAAAAAUAGCACCAACUACAACCACGGUUCCGACUUUGCCUUCUAAUACCCCCGCUCAUCCAAUUCUGGAAGGAUUCGCCCUAGUUGAAGCCUCGAGCCUGCACGAGGUGGAUCUUGCCAUUCACAAAAUGAUGGAAAGCACCACUGUGGAGUUUCGAAACAAAGGGUUUCGCUAA